UCCCUCUUCUCUCUGCAUUCGCACCACUGCAUCGUACCACACUCCGCGCCCGCCUCAUUGUUGACCCCCCUUCCCCACCCUCGCCAUGGCCUAUGGCGGCUCGUACAAUGCCAUGGCAGGCCCCUCGACACUCCCGCCGCCCCCAUUACCUUCGUCCUCGUCGACGUCGACGUCGUCCGUCCCUGACAUCCCUGGCGAUCUCGUCCAAGACCGGGAUAUCCUCUCCUUCCUGCGAGGCCAUGUAGCCAACCUCACCCACCUAACCUCCAACAAGUUCCCAGGAGCUCAACCCGUCUCCUUCACCAAAGCAUCCCUCGACCUCAUAGAGUCGCAAGACUUUUGGGUCUGCGAAAAGUCAGACGGCCAACGCGUCCUGGUCCUCAUCGUCCUCCACGGAGCCACGGGGCGACAAGACGUCUUCCUUGUGGACAGAAAGAACAACUACUACUUUCAGCAACACGUCUUCUUCCCCACGUCAGACCAGCGCUUCUACCCCAAGGGCACACCGCAGCAAAAGGAGGCCGCCUAUGCGCUUGCGCACCAAGAAGGGAUAGCAUACAAGGACGGCUGGCCCGCACGGAAGGAUACCCUGCUUGACGGGGAGUUGGUGUGGGAUACAGACCGCUCUACUGGAAGGAGAAAGAUGCGGUUGCUGCUCUUUGAUGCGCUCGUUGUAGACGGACAGAAUAUGGCUCAACGCCCCUUGACGAAACGCUAUGGCCGAUUGCACAGCAUGGUCUACCCGCCCCUACACCAGUAUCUUCAGCAGAAUCCCAAGUCCGCAGCAGCCAUGCCCUUUGAGAUCAGAAUCAAGCAUAUGGAUCUGGCCUACGGAGUGCCCGAGGUACUGCAACGCAUGCCUAAUCUGGAGCACGGCAAUGACGGUCUCAUCUUCACGUGUAUGAACUCGGGCUACACCUUCGGCACGGACGAGAAGAUCAUCAAGUGGAAGCCACCAAGAGAGAACAGCGUCGACUUUGUCCUGCGUCUGAGAUUUCCGCCGGAUGACAACGUACCUGGCGGGCAGGUGCCCAAUCUACGGGCUAAGCCGUUUUUCCUGCUCGAGGAGCACAUGGGUGGGAGUGCCGGCAGCUCGCAGUACGAGCCCUUUGAUUGGCUUUGGGUCGGUGAUGAAGCGUGGGAAGAGAUGAAGCGCUCCGGCGUGCAAUGGGAUGAUCGCGUCGUUGAGUGCGUGUGGGAUCUGGAGGCAGGCCCUCCCCUGCCAGCAGACAAUGGCGAGGUGGUCCCCACGCCCGGCUGGAAGAUUCACCGCAUCCGUGACGACAAGCAUGACGGGAAUCACAGCACCAUAGUGCAGAAGAUCCUUUCCUCGAUCAUGGAUGGGGUAGACGAGGAACAGGUAGUCGAGGCCGUCCCGAGGAUAAGAGCGGCGUGGAAGAGUGAGGGGAGGGAGAAGAUGAGGAAGGCGAUUGAGACCGGUGGGAUGGCUGCCGCAGGGGCAAGUACGCAGAGACCGAGGACGGAGAGUGGUACAGAGGCAGGAGCAAGGGGAGCAGGAGGAGCUACGGGACCCGGAGUGGGGGGUGGAUCGAGAGGUAGGCCACCGGUGAUGCGGGUGGGACCGAAGGGUGUGUUUAGGAUUUGAUGAACCGCAAGCUCGGCACUUAUGCUCUUGACUGCCACAGGUCGAGAGCAAAGCUAGCAGUACGUCGCGGUGCUUCCCUCUAAUGCUGAGGAUCAGGGCG